CAGACACGAGGUCAACCUAUCACAGUGUGGAAAGUAGCUAACGCCUCCUGAACCAUAGUAAAUUUUCUGGCUGGAUUCUGGUGUUGGAGAGUCCUGCCUGCUCGGCGCUCGUCUUUUUGCGCCUGGCUCCUAUCUUCUUCCCUCCCCCGGAGUUCGAUUCGCUCGGCUCCCGGUUUCUCCCUCGGUUGCGGGCGAGAGCGCUGGUAAACAUGGCGUCGGAAGGGAUGAUUUUAACAAACCACGAUCACCAAAUACGAGUCGGAGUUCUGACGGUGAGCGACAGCUGCUUCAGGAAUCUCGCGGAGGACCGCAGCGGAAUCAACCUCAAAGACCUUGUGCACGACCCCUCCCUGCUGGGGGGAACUGUCUCUGCUUACAAAAUCGUCCCUGACGAGAUCGAUGAGAUCAAGGAGACGCUGGUGGACUGGUGUGAUGAGAAGGAGCUCAACCUCAUCCUGACCACCGGGGGCACCGGUUUCGCCCCCCGUGAUGUCACGCCCGAGGCCACGCGGGAGGUGAUCGAGCGCGAGGCUCCAGGGAUGGCGCUGGCCAUGCUGAUGGGCUCGCUCAACGUCACCCCGCUGGGCAUGCUGUCCAGGCCUGUGUGUGGGAUCCGGGGGAAAACUCUCAUCAUUAACCUUCCUGGCAGCAAGAAGGGCUCGCAGGAAUGCUUUCAGUUCAUCCUGCCCGCCCUGCCCCACGCCAUUGACCUGCUCCGGGACGCGGUGGUGAAGGUGAAGGAGGUGCAUGAUGAGCUGGAGGACCUGCCCUCGCCGCCCCCGCCCCUCUCCCCGCCCCCCGCCUCCGGCCCGCGCAAGCAGACCGAGGACAAGGGCGUCCAGUGCGAGGAGGAGGACGAGGAGAAGAAGGACAGCGGGGUGGCCUCCACCGAGGACAGCGCCUCCUCCCACAUCACCGCGGCCGCCAUCGCCGCCAAGAAGGGGAAGUCGCACCCCAACCACGCUGUUGUCAUGGCGAAAAACGGGCAGUCCAUCCCCGGUCUCAUCCCCUCCUCCUGUCAGUCCUCCUGCGGCGGACACCUGCUGAUCCCAGACUCCAUCAUCUCUCGGGGUGUCCAGGUUCUCCCGCGGGACACGGCGUCUCUCAGCACCACUCCCUCCGAGUCUCCCCGAGCCCAGGCCACCUCCCGCCUGUCCACUGCCUCCUGCCCCACCCCCAAAGCGCGGCUCCCCUCCUGCUCAUCCACCUAUAGUGUUUCCGAGGCCUCACGGAGAGAGUUCAGGGCUCACCUGGAUGAGGUCAUCACACUCAAGUCAAGGUACUCUACCUUGGACCAGCUCCACUAUAGGUUGGAGGGGCUUAAAGAUGAUCGCAGGACGAAUAGGACCUUCGACUCGCGAGUGCAGUCGCGGUGCAGCAGCAAAGAGAACAUCUUGAGACCCAGUCACAGCGCGGUGGACAUCACCAAGGUGGCACGGAGGCACCGCAUGUCUCCCUUUCCCCUGACCUCCAUGGACAAGGCCUUCAUCACCGUUCUGGAGAUGACCCCUGUCCUGGGCACUGAGAUCAUCAACUACAGAGGAACAAAGACAGAGAAGAGAAUCGGUGCCAAUGCCUCACUCGUGCACUGGCAUCACACAGACGGGAUGGGUCGAGUCCUGGCUCAGGACGUCUAUGCCAAAGACAACCUGCCCCCAUUCCCUGCCUCCGUCAAGGAUGGGUACGCCGUCAGAGCUGCCGACGGCCCAGGGGAUAGAUUCAUCAUCGGGGAGUCCCAGGCCGGAGAGCAGCCGACCCACACAGUGAUGCCGGGUCAGGUGAUGCGUGUGACGACCGGAGCCCCCAUCCCCUGCGGAGCCGACGCCGUCGUGCAGGUGGAGGACACCGAGCUCCUGCGCGAGUCGGAGGACGGCACGGAGGAGCUGGAGGUGCGGAUCCUUGUGCAGGCGCGUCCGGGUCAGGACAUCAGGCCCAUCGGACAUGACAUCAAACGUGGCGAGUGUGUUCUGGCCAAGGGCACCCACAUGGGCCCCUCUGAGAUCGGGCUGCUGGCUACGGUGGGGGUGACCGAGGUGGAGGUGCAGAAGUUCCCCGUGGUGGCUGUGAUGUCCACCGGCAACGAGCUGCUGAACCCGGAGGACGACCUGCACCCAGGGAAGAUUCGGGACAGCAACCGCUCCACACUGCUGGCCACCAUCCAGGAGCACGGCUACCCCACCAUCAACCUGGGGAUCGUCGGCGACAACCCUGACGACCUCCUCAACGCCCUGAACGAGGGCAUCAGCCGCGCUGACGUCAUCAUCACCUCGGGCGGCGUGUCCAUGGGGGAGAAGGACUACCUGAAACAGGUGCUGGACAUCGACCUCCAUGCCCAGAUCCACUUUGGAAGGGUGUUCAUGAAACCUGGACUCCCCACAACGUUUGCGACCUUAGACAUCGAUGGUGCUCGCAAGCUCAUUUUUGCCCUGCCAGGUAGAAACCCGCCACGAUGUCUCCGUCUCCCAGGUAACCCGGUGUCGGCCGUCGUCACCUGUAACCUCUUCGUCAUCCCCGCCCUGAGGAAGAUGCAGGGGAUCCUGGACCCUCGUCCCACCAUCAUCAAAGCCAGGCUUUCGUGCGAUGUGAAGCUGGACCCGCGCCCGGAGUACCACCGCUGCAUCCUGACCUGGCACCACCAGGAGCCGCUGCCCUGGGCCCAGAGCACGGGGAACCAGAUGAGCAGUCGGUUGAUGAGCAUGCGCAGUGCCAACGGUCUCCUGAUGCUACCUCCCAAAACAGAGCAAUACGUGGAGCUGCACAAGGGCGAGGUCGUGGACGUCAUGGUCAUCGGCCGACUAUGAUGUCAUCUUAACGGGACGGACGGAGAGAAGGACGGAUGGAGGGAGAAGAGAGGAGUGGUUUCCGGUGCAUGUCCACAUAUCAUUACUAUUCUGUAAUAUGCAACGGCACAGCUAGUUUUUAUUGAUUUGGAUAAAGUUGAUCGAGUAUAAUCAACAUGUUUAAUUAAAAAAAAAUAAGUUAAACGGGGGGGGAAAAGAAUUUAAAAGGAUAAUUGUAUUUCAAACAAAGAAAAUAUAAUAACUUUUAAAGUAAAGAAAAUGAAAUAUAAAAUAUAAGAGAUUUAUUCUGUAAUAUACUAUUAUAAUUAUUAUUAUUAUGAUUAUUAUGAUUAUCAUCAUAUUAACGCAACUUUGUUCUGUUUCAUUGCAAUUGCUUUGUGUGUUCAAUGCUGAACCUUAUAGAUAGCUGUAGCAUUUAAUAGAAAGCUGUAGGUGCCUGCCAGGAAAAAAAAACUAAACAAAUGAAAGCCUAUUUUCACAUCUUAAAAAAUAAAAGAAUAAAAGACUGAAAUGGAAGAAAACUGAAGAAAAUAGAUUAAAUGAUGGCAAGAAAAAAUUCUAUGGUGCUCUGGCAGACGAAGGUGCUUUCUGGUUCCUGCUUCCUUUAGAUGCGUUUAGGUGACACUGCUAUAUCUCCCUUAUUAGUAUGCUUCAUAAUCGCUUCACAAUGAGCUUUUGCUUGUCGUUUCUCUCGUGAGUCGUGUUUAUGUGCGCAGUGCCAAAAGAGUGGGCAGGGAGGUCAAAGGCUGCCGGGUCUCUGCCUACACGCCACACUACCCAGACCCGGAAGCUUCCUUGUAAGUCACCUGACCCAGUUUGGCUCCGCCUACUCAAGGGGGUGGUAUAACUGGGGGAAUCAACAGUCUUUUAUCUGACUAACUUUGAAUGGAAGAAACAGCUCCUUUCUGUGCUGACAGCCUUUUUAACCAACUACACAAAAUGUAUAGAAAAAAAGAAAAAAGAAUGAUAUUGUACAGAUAUAAUUGACCAGCACUCUUGAGGAAAUUACUAAGCAAUGAUGAGAAUAUUUAACAACUCUGUACUAUAACAUUUUCUGUAAUGAUAUUGAAACAAUGGGAAAAAAGACAUUUAAAUCCUUGAUCAUUAUGUAAAAAAAGAACAAUAAAAAAUAUUCCUUGUUGGGUUUCUUUUUUAAAUGAA